GAGAGAGAGAGAGAGAGAGAGAGAGAGAGAGAGAGAGAGAGCAGAGAGCCGGGGUGGGGGGUUGUCAUCGCUCUUUCAUUCGGAGCUCUUGCCUGUAGCCUGGAGAGCAGCGAGAGGGGGAAGCCAGGAAAAGGAAAAGAAGUCAGUUGGUCCUUUAAGAAAACGUCCUGCGUGCGCUCCGCUCCGCUCGGCUCGGCUCGUAUCAGGGCACGGACUACUACUCCUUCUCUUUUUUUUCUUCCUUUUUUUCAUCCCCCACUUCGCCUCCUAAUUUGGGAUUUGUUUGAAAGCCUACGGAAGACAGAGAGAGACAGAGAGAGUGAGAGAGGAAGAAACAGAAGAGGGGAUUAUUUGAGAGACAGAGAGAGAGAGAGAAAUAGUAGAAGAGACAUUUUCAGAGAGACAGAGAGACAGAGAGGGAGUUUUGCCUCAGCUGGGAAAGGGAUUUCUAUUCCCCAGAUUAUUGACUGCAAAAUGUCUGAUUCUUCUGUCAAUGCACACUUGGAAGGGAUCAUAUCAGACUUUGAAGCUCUGAAGAGGUCGUUCGAGGUGGAAGAGGUGGACACCUCCACGCACUCCUCCCCCCUCUCCCGCCGCACCCACCCCCUGCGCUCCUCACUCACGUCCUCCAGCAGCCAGCGCUUCCACGACCUGGGCUCUCGCAACUCCGACCACUCGUCCAAGUCGUCCGUAGAUGGCGGCGCCCACCAGCGCUCGCCGAAAACCAGCCUGCGGCGUGUGGAGAUCUCUGGGGGGCGCGUCACUGAGCCCUCCCUGUCCCGGCGGACGGAGCUCUCCAUCGACAUCACCUCCAAGCAGGUGGACAGUUCGCCUAGUGCUGGCAUCAGCCGCUUCGGCCUACGGAGGCCCGAGGCCCAGGCCCACCGGACAGCCUCAGAUGCCACGCCGAACCGCCGGGCGGAGGUCACCAUCACCCGGCCCCAGAGCCAGGAAGCUCCGGUGCCCCCCAGGAGGGCUGAGCUCCCAUCUCCGGCAGCAUAUGCCUCCUCCCGCAUCCCAGAGCCCAGCCACCAGCCGCGGAGGGCAGAGAUCCCCAGCCCGGUGCUGGCCGAUGCUCCCCCGUCAUCCCGGAGGGUGGAGAUGAACGCCAGUAGGCAGCUGGAGACCCCUCCGCCACAGCCUCAGUCCCGGGAGGUGGAGACCAGCCAGCCACCUAAUGAUGUCCCCAGCCAUGUGGAACAUAGGCCCCAACCACCCGUCAUAGAGGCCCCCAUUGCACCACUGGAAAGGUCAGAGGUCAUUCCCAGCAGCUACAGCAGCAGCAGCAGCAGCAGCAUCAGCAGCAUGGCGGAGCCGGUGGUGCCCGUGUCCGUGCCCGUGGUGCCCGAGGCGGUGGCCGCCCCCGUGCCCAGCUGGAGCGAGAAGGAGAAGCCCAGCGCCGUGGACUUCAGCUACGUGGGCAUCGACGCCAUCCUGGAACAGAUGAGGAGGAAGGCCAUGAAGCAGGGCUUCGAACUCAACAUUAUGGUAGUCGGUCAGAGCGGCCUGGGAAAGUCCACGCUGAUGAACACGCUCUUCAAGUCCAAGGUGAGCCGCAAGUCGGUGAUGGGCACGGCCGAGGAGAGGAUCCCCAAGACCAUCGAGAUCAAAUCAGUCAGUCACGACAUAGAAGAGAAGGGGGUGAGGAUGAAGCUUACGGUCAUCGAUACGCCAGGUUUCGGGGAUCAGAUCAACAAUGAAAACUGCUGGCAGCCCAUUAUGAAGUUCAUUAAUGACCAGUAUGAGCAGUACCUGCAGGAGGAGAUCAACAUCAACAGGAAGAAGAGGAUCCCAGACUCCCGCGUGCACUGCUGCAUAUACUUCAUACCCCCUACAGGACACAGUUUGAGACCCCUGGAUGUUGAGUUCAUGAGACGCCUGAGUAAAGUGGUGAACAUCGUCCCCGUCAUUGCCAAAGCAGACACCUUGACCUUGGAGGAGAGGGACUUCUUCAAGAAGAAGAUCAGAGAAGAGCUGCGGGCCAAUGGUAUUGAUGUCUACCCACAGAAGGAGUUUGAUGAGGAUGCAGAGGACAGGAUGAUCAAUGAAAAAAUCAGGGAGAUGAUCCCGUUUGCUGUAGUGGGGAGUGACCUGGAGUACCAGGUGAACGGCAGGAGACUGCUGGGGAGGAAGACCAAAUGGGGAACCAUAGAAGUUGAGAACAUCGCCCACUGUGAGUUUGCCUACCUGCGUGACCUGCUCAUCAGAACCCACAUGCAGAACAUCAAGGACAUCACCAGCAGCAUCCACUACGAGAUGUACCGCGUGCGACGGCUCAACGAGAACAACACGCAGCAGACCAACGGAGUGGCCGAACACCACCUCGCCUCCCACGAGAUGUAG